ACAGUAAUAACAGCUUUCUUCUCCACAUUAUAACUAACUCACUUUCUCUCUCUACACCACUCUCUCUCUCUCUCUCUCUCUUCUGUAUCAAAAUGCAGAGAAGAUUACGGCAAGUAUGCACGGCCGUGAAAGAACACAGCGUAGUCAAUUACGCCAAGAUAGCCACCAUUGGAGGCUUCUCCAACGUAGACAAUCUCAUAGUAAGAGCCACACACCCAAACGAUAUGCCCUUACAAGAAAAACACGUUCACCAACUUCUCAAACUCUUCUCCAUCUCCGGCCAUUCCUCCAUUAGAGCUUUCUCUCUCAGCUUCACCCGUCGAUUUGGCCGUACCCAUUGCUGGAGAGUGGCUUUAAAAUGUCUCAUCCUUCUCCACCGUCUCCUCCGCUCUGUUCCUCACAACAGUCCCUUUCGAUCUGAACUGUUGUGGAUCCGAACCAACGGUUUAAUCUCAUUAUACCCAUGUCGGUUUUCGGAUGAUUCUUCGAUUUCUUCGCCGGAUUAUUAUACCCUUUUUGUUAGAUCUUAUGCCCAUUUGAUUGAUGAAGCUUUGAAUUGCUCUGAUUUUGAAUUGGAAGAAGAUAAAAAACAGAGCUUUAUUGACGAAGAAGAAGAAGAAAUGGGGUUAGCUGAGAAAAUGAAGGAAAUGGGUAGAAAGCUUGAGAUUCUUCCUCAAUUACAGAGCUUAAUCGAUCGAGUAAUGGAGUGUCGUCCGAAUGGUUCGGCGGCGAGAAGCUUCGUUGUUAAAUCGGCGAUGAAGUAUAUAAUCAGAGACAGUUUCUUUUGUUACGAUACUUUUAGAAAAGAAAUCGUUGUGGUUUUGGAUAAUAUGUUUCGAAUGCCGUAUUCGAGUUGUACGGAAGCUUUUGGGAUUUACAAGAAAGCUUCUCAACAGUUUGAGGAGCUCGGUGAAUUUUACGAGAGGUGUAAGGAGUUAGGGUUUUGUGGAUAUUAUGAGUACCCUUUGAUUGAGAGAAUACCAUUUUUGCAGAUUCAAGCUUUGGAGAGUUUUCUCAACGGAAUGUGGCAGUUUACCGAUGAUUCUUCGUCUUAUGGGUCGUCGCCGUUGCCGGAGACGGAGGUCGUUUCGUCUGAGAAAGAUGAGAAUGAGAAUGAGAGUGGAAAAGGUGGUGAUGUGAAGAGAAUUAUUGUGGAUGAUUUUGAACCGUUGAUUAAGUUUGAUGAUGAUGAUGAUGUUGUUGUUGAUGAUGGACACGUGUGUUGGGAGAAGUUAUUGGAGGAAUCGGUUGUUUUGUCAUCAAAUAAUGCUAAUCAAAAACUUUUAUUAUUAGAUGAUAAUAAUAAUAAUAAUAAUUAUAUGAUGAUGAUGAUGAAUAAUAAUAUUCAAGUGUAUAAUCCAAGAAGAGGUAAUCCUUUUGAUCAACAACAUCUCAUCAUGCAAGAUCAACAAUGGGGUUUCAAUUUCUCUUCUUCUUUUAAUAACUUUUCUUCAACUUCAAAAUAAUUGAUGAUAAUAAAAGAAAGUGUAUGGUUUUGUGAUAAAAGGAAAUAAAAGAGUGAAAUUAAGUUUGAGAAAUGUUGCUACAAUUCAUUGUUGUAAAGAUUCUUUCUAUUUGUUUUGUGAUUCUUAUUUUGAUGAUGGUAAUAGUAAUGUAAUAAAAUAAGAAUU